AUGCGGAUUGUGGGCGGCCACGACUCCAUGCCGGGGUCCUGGCCCUGGAUCGUCAGCAUCCAGGUUCGCACCAAGACCGGCUACGAGCACUUCUGCGGCGGGUCCCUCAUCCACCCCAGCUGGGUGCUCACCGCCGCCCACUGCUUCAAGACCAAGAAGAUGUUCGGGCUGCGCGGGGUGAUCGGCGCCACGCAGCUCUCCAGGCUGGGCCCCCAGGCCCAGGUGCGCAACUACCGGCAGGUGGUGCCGCACGAGAACUACCAGCGCCAGGGGCAGCUCAACGACAUCGCCCUGCUGGAGCUGGACCAGCCCGUCCAGUGCAGCGAGUACAUCCAGCUGGCCUGCGUGCCUGACCGCACCGUGGACCUCACCAAGCUCACCAACUGCUGGGUCAGCGGCUGGGGCUACAUGAAGGAGGAAGUUGAAGUCGUGCCUGACAUCCUGCAGGAAGCCCAGGUCCACUACAUCGACUAUGCCACGUGCAACGGCAGCGGCUGGUACGAGGGCCAAGUCAACCGCAACACCAUAUGCGCAGGCCACAAGAAGGGCGGCAUCGACACCUGCCAGGGCGACAGUGGCGUCCCCCUCCAGUGCCGGGAGCAAACGUCCAACCGCUUCUGGGUCGUGGGGCUCACCAGCUGGGGGAUGGGCUGUGCCAGGCCCCGGCAGCCCGGGAUCUACACCCUCACGCCAAACUACUUCGAAUGGAUCGUGGCCAACAUGAAGCCGGCGCCGAAGAAGGAGGCAACCCCGCCCCCAGCCCCGGUGUCCGUCCCGGUUCAAAUGGCCAUGCCCACCUCGCAGUUCAGCACCGCGCGGCCACUGCCGCCAAUGCCGCUGCCACCGGUAUAUCAGAAGCCAAAACCAGGCACCUGUAAGUCAGGCCGGAGCAGCAAAGACAAUUUAGUCAAACGGCUGAACAAAUUCCUGAAGGCUGUGAAAGAAGACAAGCAUUGA